AGUCUACGUUGGACUUUAGCGCGCGUCGCACACACACUGCGUAUACGUAACUGCGGACUCCGCACCGAACUGAGGCCUCCGUCCGAGUGACGCCGCCGUGCUCCGAUCACUUGGCGUUCUGGGCCGGUCGCUCUUCGAUUUUUCCGCUCGAGCCUUGAAGAGAAAAGUCGGCGGAAAAGUGCCUUCCUCUCGGGAACCGUUGUGAACUGCUUUGUGUGGGCAAUAGAAUUUCAAAUUUAACGGCUUUUCGUGGUGGAAAAAUCAUUGGGGAAUUUUCAAAAUCGAAGGCGAGGCUUACAAUUACAUUAAAUAAUUUCGACGGUUGAAAUUACGGAAAUUUUUGGAGAACUAUAUUGCACAGUAAAAAUAUUUAUACGUGCAAAAAACAAAAAAAAAAGUAUUACUGGAGUGAAAAAAUGAAAUAAAACGAAUAAUAUUAACAAGAUUGCCUCGUUAAUAAGGAGGACAAUAAGAAAACUGCAAGUGUUGCGAAAAUUGAUUCGAACAUAAAUAAAGGGCAGCCAAGCGUGGCCAGACAAGGACAACAAAGGCAAGGGAAGCCGAAGGAUUUGUUAUUGGCCGAAAAGGCAAAAAUCAAUAAAAACGCCACAUGUAAGAGGACACCGGACACAAGCGACAUGGUGUCCAAUCGGCAGGGCAUGGGGCUCACGACACCUAGACUCCAGUUGCUGUGGUGGAAUAACUAACGAGUAGUCCCAGGGAGUAACAUGUCGGAUCGAUAUCCAGCCAGCUUCUACGAUCAGCAUCAUAGUCAUCAUCAUCCGCAACAUCUUACGCCGACAAUGUCACACUAUCCGCCGCAACCCUACAGAUCGGGUUACACCGGCUACCAUACCUAUGGCUACGGCUAUGGGUCUUCUUCUAGUGCUUCUUACAUGCCUAACUACUAUCGCUAUGCUCCGUACGCCUCGCCGCACUAUAGCCAGCACCAUCAGGGGAUGUUCACGCCGGCUGGCCAGCAGAUAAUCCCCUCCAGCGUACUCCACUAUCCGCCCAGACCGCAUCCCUACCAGCAGCUACCGCAGCAGCAGCAGCCACAUCCUCAGCAAUCUCAGCCUGGCUACGAGCCACCACCACCCUUGCCAUACAGUUCUUCCGCUUCUUAUCAAUCACGUGGUUUCGGUGCCUUUGCGGGCCCAACGCCCCACUAUGCGCCACCAGGCAGAUCCUCCACGCCCGCUCCAAAUCGCACCGUGUUGCCACCGAGCUAUUUGGAACCGCUGCGCAGCUACAGCGCCGAGCAGCAACACCUAAGUCAGCAGCAGCAUCUGAGCCAACAGCAGCUGCAACAUCACCCGCUGCCUGGAACCCCAAAGCUCGAGGAUCCGGAUGUCGAGGUGGAGGCGGUGGCCGAGUCCCCCGCUCAGCGGUUGACCACUUCGCCGCCCAUGAUCAGUGCCACCGGAACGGACAGCGGCAUCAGCAAUUGCAGCACGCGGGCGAGGAGCGACAGUAGUCAGAGCACGCCCGUUUACAGUGGAGAAUAUCCGGUUAACAUGUCUGUGGAGUCCGCCUCCUGUGUGCCCUAUCACUGUCCGGCGGAUGCGCGGGACUACGAGGAGGAGGAGCACCAGCCACCGGUGACGGCGGAAGUCAGAAGGGCGGACACUCCGCUCGAUAUUACCGAUGACAUAAGCGCUACGUCGCCAGUGGCCGCUGAUGAGGUGAAACCUACAGCGCCCACUUCAUCGCAAGUUGCCAAGAGUGCGGAAACCAAUUUGCAGCCGGACUCAGCAGCAUCCUUGGAUGUGCCGACGACGCCGCAGGAUACUAGUGGUGAUCCAAUAACAGAGGCGGCCGACGAGAGGCCAGAACAUGCGCGACAGCAGCAACAUCCUGUGACGAACAACUGGAGUCCAACGACGCGGCGCCCGCGCACUCCGCCGGCACCUCAGAACUCGCCCAUUGGUUUCGGCCAAAAUGCGAGUGUGCCACCCGCCUUGGCUCACCUGCUGCAGCAGCAGCAACAGCAGCAAUUGCAGUUGCAGCAGCAGCAACAACAGCAGCAGGUUGGUAACCUCAAGCGGUGUGCAACAUCUGGAAAGAAUCGCAGCAGCCACAACCGCAUCAUCGAGUGCGAUCUCAUUCCUAGCAAGAAAUCAAAACGCAAGUCGGUCAAAAAGCAAGCCGGGGAGAUCGAAAAUAUGGAGGCUGUGGAGCCAAUUGUUAGGGAACAAAUUAGGGACAUCAAACCUUUACCGGGAUUCCUGCAGGCCUUUGGUUCCACCGAAAUAGGUCGCUUCUCCGAGCGUUUCCUGCAAACGCCGGAAUCCCUAGUAGAGCGAUUAGCCGAAGAAUAUGCAGGCAGUGCACCCAACAACUGUCCAUCUCAUUCAGCUGGAGGCUACAUCGAGUCCCCGGCCAUGGCCACGCACAACUACUAUCCUUAUGAGGAACAGAACCAAGGCGGCUAUCCAAGGAAUCGAAUGCGAGACUAUGGCUACGAGAUACCAGACUACAUGGCGUAUGAGCGAUACGCGGCCUAUGGAGCCGGAAGACCAAGAGCUCGCUACGGGGAAAUCCGCUGCAACGGCUACUAGAUACGGUCCACCGAUAUCGAGCGGAUCAUAUAUAGAUUAGGGUUAGUGUUGUUGUAGUCGUGCAUAGUCGUUCUCAUUCGAUAUUCUCUGUGUGUGCCUUUUCCGGUCAAAAUUAGAAAAUGUAUCCCCCGAAGAGUUGUUGUUGAGGGGGGCAUUGUUAGCAAUGAGUGCGGUCAAAAUUUACCACAAUGAAGAUAGAAAACAUAGAAAAACCAAAGGAAACAAGAAGCCAAAUGUUGUUAGCAAUAUCAUAUACAUGAACAUGAAUAUUUAAUUAAGUAGUUCAAUGUAUUUUAAAUCGAAUGCGUUUUUAAAUCGAUCCAGCAUGUGAGUCGAAAUCUUGUCCCACUGUACAUAAGAAUGCAUUUCGUAUAUGUAACUCUAGGUUUAGUCAAACUACUUGGGCAGUUGGUAUUGGGAUCUAAAUGUUUUCAAGGCCUCCAGGAGUUCGAGGAUAUUUUUUCUCAACUCAAAAAUCGCUUACAGCUCCGUUUCCAAUCGGAAGCCAUUGUUUUUGGGGUUCAAAAUUCCGAUAUCACCCCAAAAAUAAGUAAGUUAAACAGAGCGAAAAAUCGUACAUAUAGCAAAUAGAUGUGCCAUUGAAAAAUAUAUUUAAUUUAAAACACCAUAAUUUAGGAAUUUAUGUACAAUACCAAUACAAAUUAAAGAUUAGCUACGGUAAUCUAAAGCCAGAUAGUUAAUGUUAAAGCAAUGCAGUUCAUUUUAGUCUAGGGCACUGACGCACACAUACACAAAAACACACACACACGGCUACAGAUACACCCAUACAGAGACACACUCAAACCACCGCACUAAUUUGUACUUGGCAAAAUGGUUUUUGUUUUCUACCGAUUUACUAACAACUUAUUAAUUUUCUAAUCGAUUUCAUUGUUGUAUUAAGUGCCUUAUUUUACUUGAAUUGAUUUCCAAUAUCUGGCGUAAACAAAUAAACGUAACGAAUUUGUAUGAUUUACUUGUAGAGAAACAACCAAUUUCAGGUUUCAAAGGGGCCCAACAAAAUUUUAAAUGCAAAUCGAACAAAUCAAUGAAGAGAAAAUCAACCGAACUAGAAAAACGGAAACCAAAAAACACAUCGAGCGACAUUCAAAAAUGUUUAAUAGUUAUUAAAGAAACUAGUUAAUUUUUAACCAAACUACUCACCAACAAAAAGUAAAACAAAAAACAAUGAAUACUUCUAGCGUUCACAUUUUAGGCCAACUAUUUGGAUGUCUUCAACACAUGAACCGAGGAGAAAACAGAAUAAACCAAGUAUUUAGUAUAGUUAAGUAAGUGUGUAAAUAAUUAUUGGAAAGUUUGAAUUUUAUGAAUUAAAUCACGCGAUGGCAAAC